AAUAUGCAAACUUAAAAUCAACCGAUAUAUUACGAAGAUUCCAUUUGACAACCAACAUUUAAUAAAAUUUUUCUAUACAAAUACCUUAAGUUAGAAAGUCACGCAACAGGUUGUGCAAUUGUUAUAAGUGAGUCAUCCUCUGAAUUAGUUUAACAUGGAUUUUCUGUGCUGUGGUACCAAGAACAAACAAAACGCACACAAGAAACCAGAGAAGCAAACGUUAAAUCCCAUUCUUGUACUUCCCGAUGGCACAACACCCGAAUAUGAUCUGGUGGUGAUAGGAGGCGGCUCGGGCGGCCUGGCCGCCGCCAAGGAGGCCUCCAAUCUGGGCGCCAAGGUGGCCGUCUUGGAUUACGUCACGCCCAGUCCAAUUGGCACGAAGUGGGGCCUGGGCGGCACCUGCGUCAACGUCGGUUGCAUACCCAAGAAGCUGAUGCACCAGGCCGCCCUGCUCGGCGAGUCCAUACACGAUGCAAAAAGUUAUGGUUGGCAGUUCCCCCAACCGGAAAAUAUCAAGCACGACUGGGAAACACUUAGAGAUGCUGUUCAGGCACACAUCAAAUCUGUAAAUUGGGUCACCAGGGUAGAACUUAGAGACAAAAAAGUGGAAUACGUGAACGGCCACGGAACAUUCCUGGACGCGCACACCGUCCAAACCACCACCAAACAGGGCGAACGCCGCCUGACCGCCAAGUAUUUCCUGAUCGCCGUCGGCGGCCGUCCCCGCUAUCCGGACAUCCCCGGCGCCGAGUACGGCAUCACCAGCGACGACAUAUUCAGCUUGGGCCGCGAGCCCGGCAAGACGCUGAUCGUGGGCGCCGGCUACAUCGGCCUCGAGUGCGCCGGUUUCCUGAAGGGCCUCGGCUUCGACGCCACCGUCAUGGUGCGUUCGAUCGUGCUGCGAGGCUUCGACCAGCAGAUGGCCGACAUCGUCACGUCCGCCAUGCAGGAUCGGGGCGUCAAGUUUUUGUUCAAGUGCAAGCCGUCGAAAAUCGAGAAGCUGGAGGACGGCAAGCUGAAGGCGUCGUGGGUCAACGAGAACAACGAGGAGUUCACCGACACGUACGACACGGUUUUGUUCGCCAUCGGACGCAGGGCGUUGACGCGCGAGCUGAAACUCGAAAACGCCGGCGUCAAAGUGGCCGGCGACGGCGAGAAGAUCGACGCCCUCAACGAGCAGACCAACGUUCCCCACAUCUACGCCGUCGGAGACGUCUUAUACAAAAAACCGGAGCUGACCCCCGUGGCUAUCCACGCCGGACGCCUGUUGUCGCGUCGCCUCUUCGGCAACAGCACGACGCUGAUGGACUACGACAACGUGGCCACGACAGUAUUCAGUCCGUUGGAAUACGGGGCAGUGGGAUUGAGCGAGGAGACGGCGGUCGCCCGGUACGGCCAGGACGCCAUAGAAAUCUACCACGCCUACUACAAACCCACCGAGUUCUUCAUCCCCCAGAGGAACAUAUCGCAUUGUUACUUGAAGGUGGUGGCCAAGCUGGAUGGCGAUCAGCAAGUGCUGGGCAUGCAUUUCAUCGGGCCCCAGGCCGGUGAGGUUAUUCAAGGAUUCGCCGCAGCUUUGAAAUGCGGUUUGACAGUGAACACGUUGAUGAGCACAGUGGGCAUACAUCCCACCAUUGCUGAAGAGUUCACCAGGAUUAAUAUCACCAAGAGAUCGGGAAAAGAUCCCAAUCCGGCUUCGUGCUGCAGUUAAAAAUUUACGAUUUCCUAAUCCCUCGCACCAUUGCAGAAGAUUUAAAAACGAUCACCUGAUAUUCCACUGUAAUAGUUACUUAAGAUCCAAUCUAAAUCUCAUUGAGUGAUAUUAUUUAUUUUAUCAGUAACAAGUUUUUGAAACAACCUAUUGUCUACUUACGUCUAGAGUACAAUUUUUGUCUAAUUUUUCUUAUUUCUUGGAAACUGUUGGAAAAUAUUAAAUAUUUUAUGUAAUUAAA